AUGUCUGCCCCGCAAGAGCUCGUCCCCCAAACGGAGUCAAUCGCCGAGGUCUACGCGACCGACGAUGCGUCGGUGACCUCUGUCGCGCCCGAGCACCAGCAGCGCUGGAAUAACUUGAUCUCUCAGUUCAACAAGCAGUAUGAGCACCGGCCGGAUUUUGUGGCGCGCAGCCCAGGUCGCGUGAACAUUAUUGGUGAGCAUAUCGACUAUAACCUCUACGAUGUGUUGCCCACCGCCGUGAGCGUCGAUGUGAUCAUGGCUGUGAAGGUGGUUCCCGCCGGUUCAUCUGGUACGACAAUCAAGAUUGCCAAUGUUGCCCCGGAGAAGUUCCCCUCGCGCGAGUUCAGUAUCCCUCAAGGUGCCGACGUUGAGGUCGAUCCUAAGAAGCACGAAUGGGUGAACUACUUCAAGGCUGGAAUGCUCGGUGCCCUGAAAUUCUUGCGCAAGGAGAAGACCGGCGCGCUUGUGCCGGUCAGCAUGGAAAUUUUGGUGGAUGGUAAUGUGCCUCCCGGUGGUGGCAUCUCCAGCAGCGCCGCGUUCGUCUGCGCUAGUGCUCUAGCGGUGAUGAAGGCCAACGACCACAAUAUCUCCAAGCAGGACCUGCUGGAUCUUGCGGUGGUCUCGGAGCGUGCGGUUGGUGUGUACUCUGGCGGCUUUCUAAUCAUCGCUUCCUUCGCGCCGAAAAUCAGCAUGGAUCAAGCGGCCUCCAUCUUCUCCAAGCGAGGAUAUCUGCUCUAUACUCAAUUCUUUCCCCAAUUUAAAGCCCAACACGUCCCUAUCCCCAAAGCGACGGAUGAGAUCACCUUCCUCAUGGCCCAAAGCUUCGUGACCUCCAACAAGGCCGAGACUGCGCCUCGACACUACAACUUGCGUGUCGCCGAAUGCACCCUGGCCUCUGUGAUCCUCGCGAAGAAGUUUGGUCUCACCUUGACUAAGGACAACAGCUCAUUGGGCUAUAGCUUGCGCAACUUCCAGCAGGAGCUGAUGACCAAGGAAGAGCGUUUGCACGAUCCUUUGGAGUACCAGAUCGACUCGGUCAUUCAGGCCGUGCAGGACGUCUUGACUCAGGAGCAGGGCUACACCCGUGAGGAAAUGGCCACCUUGCUCGACAUGACCGUAGAGGAGCUCGAGUCAAAGUUCCUUUCCGCCUUCCCCGUCCAGGCUGAGCGUUUCCUGCUGCGUCAACGGGCUCUGCACUGCUUCAAGGAGGCCCGGCGGGUGCUGGACUUCAAGGCCUGCUUGGCCAAAGCUUCUGAGCUGGAUGACAAGCGCAUUCGCUAUCUCGGCCAGCUGUUGAAUGAGUCCCAGGAGUCUUGCCGUACUGCCUACGAUUGCAGUGCUCCAGAGGUCGACGAGAUCUGCGAGAUCGCUCGCCGCGCGGGCACGUGGGGCAGUCGGUUGACGGGAGCUGGCUGGGGCGGCUGCACGGUGCACAUGCUGCCUCAAGGAAAGGUAGAGGCCGUGACUACUGCUCUACGGAACGAGUACUAUCUCAAGAAGUUCCCUGGUAUCAGUGAGGAAAAGUUGAAGCAGGCCAUGGUCAUCAGCAAGCCGUCUAAUGGCUCAUUUGUGUAUGUGGACCCGCUUCUCCCCCCCCCCCCCCCUUCUCGAGUUGCGUUUGUUGCGGAUUGGAAUGAGUACUAA